AACGGCUAGUUUCGAUUUCAAAAACUUGACGGCCCUCCCGUUCCUUGCGCUCAUCUCCAUUUCUAGGGUUUUUGAGGAAAUCGGUACCAAUUUCUGGCUCCCAUUCGACUUUUGAACUCCCCUCGGCCAUGGAAUCCUGCGGUGAACGAUCGCUCGAUGAGGCCGUGGCGAAACCCUCUGCCGAUUUCGAGAAGAAGGGUUCGGAUCUUGAAGCGUCGGCGUUCACCAGGACCGGCAUCGGCGCCAGAAAGAAUGGUGGAUCCAAGGACACUGGACAUUCAAUUCUGUAUUCUGUUAACAAGUCCACAUCACAGAUUAAGAAGAACCUUCAUCGGAAAAGUGCUUCUCCACUUAAUUGGUUUCCUCGAAAAAAGACUGAUUCAUUCUUGAAGAGAAAAAUAAAGCAUCUUCAGGAGAUUGAAGGAAUGAACCUUUCUCUCGAUGAAACACUUGGAAAUGCCAAUCCUCACUAUACUAGGAUCGCAAGGGAGAAGAUUGCAGCUCAAGAGGCAGCCCGGAAGGCCAUGGAAGCCAGGAGAGCUGCUAUGAUUGAAGCCUCCUGGUGUCGGAUACUUGGGGCAGCCAGGAUUAGAAGUAAAGAAGCAGAAGCACGGCUGGAGAAAGCUGAGAAAUGUGCGGCAGAUGCCUUCGAAGCAGCAAGAGCUAUGGGAGUAAUGAUGUACGAUAGGCCCGAUCGUCAAAGGAGGCAAUGGGAAGUAGAAACAUCUUUAGCCAUCGGAGGACGAUCCACUCACAAAGUCACUACCUCUUUCGAGACUGCAUUCGAAGUGGAUAAGGAGGUGGCAGCAGCAGUUAAAAGAGCAUUCAUGCGGCUUGCAAAUUGUCCCUCUUCUUCAAACAAAGAAGAAUUCAAAGAUUUACUAAGCAAAAUCAGUCAAAAUCCUGAUACCAAUGGUUCCAUGGAGGAUCUACCAGAAAAGUUUUCAGAAUGUGAAACUGAUCGCGGGGCAGAACCUGAGCAAGAUUCACAUAUUAGUCGUGACACAGUCAAGAAGCAUGCCACCAGAAUAAAACAAAGAAAACAGAAAAACAGCUUGCUUCCAACUGUUGGUGGCAGCAGUAGCUCUACGUCACCAACGGUGCUCAUCGAUUCAAUGCUCGACAGGCUUACAGGUUUGCAUGAAGAGGAGCUUGCUUCUCUAGCUGUUAUUGUUGCAACUCGUGGCCUGAAUGCUGUCCUUCGGGAAACGGAGAGUAGCAAAGAGAAUGAUGUUGAGCCCAUUAGCAGUUGCAUUUGUACGCUACAGAAAGAAGCUCUUGCCGAAGUACCAAGUCUCGACAAGUUUUUGGUGAAACACGUAUCGAGACUCGAAAGAGAAGUUCAAGAAGCAAAGAGAAGUAAUGCAGAGAUAGACAAGCAGAGAACAGCCGAUACCCGAGUUGUUGAAAGCAAGAUAUCGAAUAAAUAUGAAACACAGGCAGAUUCCAGUUUGGAUUUGGGAAGUGAUCUCGUAAAACAUGUCUCUGAACUUGGAAAAGGUAUCCUAGAAUCCAGGAGGGACAACUCACAAGUGAAAGAUGGAAGUAUGACGGCCAAAUCCAAUGCUAUUGCACCUUCAUCUGACAACAUCCCUUCCUUGGAAGAGUUAUUAUGCAAACAGUCGAGCAGUUCUAACAGGCUGACUGAAGAUGUAGCACAUCUUGACUUAAUGGUAAUGCCCGAGGAAGUUCAAAGACGGCCUUCUGAUGGUAGAGGAGGAGGAGGCAAGGAGAAUAUAGACCUCGUUCCCGUCGAUGAGAUGCACAAGGCUGGUAAACGCAUGUCUCGAGUCGAAAGAGCUAAAGUCGAGGUUCUGAAAGCAUUUUCUGGCCAAGAAACAAAUAGAGGUGGUGACACAGUCGAAGCAAUGGGCCUUGAUAAGAUCUUAGUCAAACCAAUUCACAGGUUGGAGAAGGAGAAAAUGCGAGCUGUGGAGCAAAGGAGGGACGAGAUCGUGCCAAGAGACCACAAGAAGCAAGGAACCGAUGUCAAUGCUCCAGAGAGUCUAGACAUGGUCUUGGUAAAGCAUGUCUCCAGACUCGAGAAGGAGAAAUUGACAGUCGCAGGCACAAGGUCAGUGAAAAGAAACAAUCAGCAGCAGCCCAGAGAAUGUGCGGAAAGUUUAGACGAAAUCCUGGUGAAGCAUCAAUCCAAACUGGAGAAGGCCAAGCUGGCCGUAACUCGACAACCGGCAGAUUACAUCAAGCAUGGGGAAGCUCGUAGGGAAGCCAGGGAGAGAGAGUUGCAAGAAGCGUGGGGAGGCUUGAGCUUGGGGAAUUCAUUAAGGCCCCAUAUAUCAAGGAUUGAACGAGACAAGGCUGCUUGGAGGAAGGCCGAGGAAGAAGAGCACACGCGGGAAACGGAAUCAUGAAGCGAACACAACACCGCUGCAGUAAGAUUCAUAAAGUGAAAUGGUUCUGCUGUACUUUGGUAGUGGUUCCAUUGUCAAUAAUAGAUGGAAUAAGGACAUGAUCACAGACUGUCCGUCCUCUAGAACACAUCACAUGAAGUACAUUGCAGAUAUAAAAUGACAUGAUCAUUUGAUGAGGGAACAUUUCUUUAGUCAAACUCUGUGGUCUCGAACCAGACAGCUGAAAGAAGUGGCAUUGUUUAGGAAGGAUCGCACAGUGGCACAGAUACAAGGUGGUGGUGGGUUCUGAUGACACCUGCAUUGUCUUCAUCCACACAGAGUGAUUGCCCUCUGCCAACCACCUCUUUGGUAGUAGAUGCCACUUUAUUCCCAUCAGAUAUCCCCAGCCAUCGAAAGAUCACUCACGGAAUCUCACUUUGUUGACUACGGA